UUUUAGGAAGUAAUACGUGGGAGCGCAUGUAAAGUUUCAGUGGGUUUAAUGGAUGUGAAUCUGAAUCUCGAUGUUAUCACUGAAGCAUGGCGGAGCGUGAGAAUGAGAACUUCAUUUGAUGGUGAAUGCAUGAAUGUUGAUCCAAAAUCAAUGAAGGAGCUGUUUUGUAUAUUAGAAGAAUUGAAUCGACUGACAAGAAGUGAUGAUCCGAAUUCCUUGCUAAAAUCAAGCAAUUUUUCUGAUUUGAAUAAACAACAUAUGUUACGUUUAUGGCAAGCAAAAGCGGAUGGCGAUAUGAAAUGGGGUAUCGAUGUCGUGGUAGCUAAUUCGAACAUUCGGAAAAGCUUGCAUCCAAAGGUUUGGUUGGUUGUUGAUGGACAGGAAAUUGAAAUGAAUGUGGAGGUUUUUGCUAAAUUAAGAUUUGAGGUUUCGCGAGCACUGAACCGAAUUGAUUACUACACAUAAGUUAAGUGAAAUAUCUUCUUAUUUUUCAAUAUGUAUUCGGUUGGAGAAUGCGCGGGUAGAGGUAAAUAGUUAAAUAGAAUUAAAUGAUACGAAGUUUUUCUUAUCCUUUAAAUUUAAUUGAUACAAUGAGUCAUGGACGUGAAGAUUUGCUUAUGAUUGUAUCACGGAAAAAAAAUACAUCAUAUGUAUUUUCCAAAACUUGUUACACGUCCAAAACUUUUACAUUCAAAAACUUUCAAUACAAUCCGUUUGUUCUGCCUUAUAAUGAUUUCUUGAUUAUCUCAACUGUUCUGACGAUACCGAAUCGAACUCAAUACUCUAAUUCCAAAAGGAUUUGUAUUAUGACCAUUUUUUGUGCUAUUACAUGUGCAGGAACAGAUCGUUUUUGCGGCUGUUUGUGUUGUUAGACAGUGCAUGAAGCGUAGAAGGUUUUUUGCUAUGCAUCCAUAUCCGUGUAAUUCGUUGAAGCAUGGAUUCAAACAAAUUUUAUAUUUAUUCCUGGAAUAAACUUAAUUCUAGCAAACAGCUG